AUGGGCCGUGUCAUUAUUCAUUGCGUUCGCCAUGCUCAAGGCUUUCACAACCUUGGAGAAGAGUUCUUCAACCUUCUAGAUCCCGCGCUAACACCCUUCGGACAACAACAAUGUAUUGAACGUCGCAACGCCUCGUUUCAAGACCAGUCCAAGUUCAGACUCAUCGCUUCUUCGCCCAUGACGAGAACGAUACAUACCGCAUACCUAAUCUUCAAUGAUGCCCUCCAGACACAGGAGAUUUUUGCUAUUCCCGAAGCCCAGGAGAUUUCUGAUCACAACUGCGAUAUAGGAAGCGAUCCUCCCAUUCUCGCUGAGCUGUGCGCACAGAACAAUUGGCCAGUCGAUUUGAGUCUUGUGUCAGACGGUUGGAACAACAAGGACCUCUAUAGUCCCAACAGUCCCGUGACAAGUGCCUGUGCAGCACGUGCUCGAACAGUGAGAAGGAUUCUCAGAGAGAAGGGCGCCGAGUUAAGCAGAAAUACCGACGAGGACGUUCACAUCGCUCUGGUCGCUCAUGGAAGCUUUCUGCACUAUUUCAGCAACGACUGGGAGGGCAGCACACUAGGAUGCGGUACGGGCUGGAAGAACUGCGAAACAAGACGCUAUGUCUUCCAGAACGACGACGCCGACGAGGAUGCUUGGGUAAGGGAGACCGCGGAAAGCCGACAAGCCCGGGGUCUAACGGGUCCUGCACCUUCAGCAGAGGAGCAACAGAAGUUGUAUGAGCAGACAAUGAUCGGCUGGGUCGAGCAAGGCCUUCCGGACAUCAGAUACCUGGCCACAGCUUCGGUGCACCCGAGACAAGAAGAUCAGGCCAGGUUGUAG